UUCAAACUGUUAUGAUGUUAUAAUGUUAAGAUAUGGUUUAGAUUAAGGCAGGGAUAAGUAAAUAUUAAUUAUUGCCUAUGUGUCCUAAGAAAAAAUGUUUCUGGAGGCGGUACCUCGGGGCUAUAAAGUACAACAUACAGCAGUAACCACUUCCUGUCCUCUCGCAACUCGGACGCUUUGGUCGUUUGCAAUCUCUGAAUUUACAAGAUUCCACUCUGAAUUUGAAUCAUUUGUUCAAUUUGUGUGUUAGCAGCAUGCCUCUUCAGUUUGCACUAUGUCCCGGCAGAAUGAUCGGUGGCUCCCAUCCGUGUUUCAUCAUUGCUGAAAUUGGACAAAACCACCAGGGAGACAUUGAGAUUGCUAAAAAAAUGAUCAAGAUGGCAAAGGACUGUGGUGCCGAUUGUGCUAAAUUCCAGAAAAGUGAAUUAGAGUACAAAUUCAGCAAGCGAGCCUUGGAGCGCCCUUACAAUUCAAAGCACUCCUGGGGGAAAACAUACGGUGAUCACAAGCGUCACUUGGAGUUCAGUCAUGAUCAAUACAGGGAACUAAAAAAGUAUGCAGAUGAAGUUGGCAUCUAUCUCACCGCCUCUGGCAUGGAUGAGAUGGCUGUGGAGUUCCUUCAUGAGCUGGAUGUGCCCUUCUUCAAAGUUGCCUCGUGUGACGCGAACAACUUUCCAUAUCUGGAGAAAACCGCCAAAAAAGGGCGACCCAUGGUGAUAUCCACUGGGAUGCAGUCCAUGGAAACCAUACGCCGUGUCUACAAGACAGUAAAGGAGCACAAGCAGAACUUCACCCUCCUGCAAUGCACCAGCGCCUACCCUUUGGAUCCUAAAGAGGUCAACCUCAGUGUGAUCAAGACAUUCCAGGAGGAAUUUCCAGAUGUUCCAAUUGGAUAUUCUGGACACGAGCAAGGCAUCUACAUCACUGUGGCUGCUGUGGGAAUGGGAGCAAAAGUUGUGGAACGCCAUGUGACCCUAGAUAAGACCUGGAAGGGAAAUGACCAUGAGGCAUCCCUGGAGCCUUCCGAGCUGGCAGAGCUGGUCCGAGCAAUCCGACUGGUGGAGACGGCAAUGGGAUCACCAGUCAAGCAAAUGUUGCCAUGUGAGAAGACCUGCCAUGAUAAGCUGGGCAAGUCAGUGAUAGCUAAGGUGGCCAUUUCCAAAGGUACAGUGCUCCGCCUGGACAUGUUUGCAGUGAAGGUUGGUGAGCCAAAGGGCAUCCCUCCAGAGAACAUGCAGAACCUGGUGGGCAAGAAGAUCAAAGUGGAUGUGAAGGAAGAUGACAGCAUCUUGGCUGACAUGAUAGAAUGAAUAACCCUCAAAACUGAUGGAAGAGAGGCAGGCACAGGUGAUGUGAACAGACAGAGAAACAGCAAAUAAGGGAAGAAAAUAUGGGCUUAAAUGAAGAUAAAGUGGGUAUCUGAUCAAAUUAAUGGGAAGAGAGGAAUUGUCAUUACUCUGCAUAAUUUGCACAAAUAAAGCAAAAUAAAUGUAAACAUGUCUGUACUUCAGAAUUAGAAUGCAGCUUAAGGUGCUCUAUCUGUAUGCUUUAAUCCACUGUUUGUAUGCAAAGGCCUUUUAGGAAAAAUAUCUGCAUAUUCUCAUGUUAGGAAUAAAUGUUUACGUUUACAGCAUCAGAUGCAAACAUAUCUGAUGUGCAAACAUUUUCCGCCAAGAUAAGGAAACAACUGUAUAUGAGAUUUGUCAAAACUGACACAUGCACUUUAUAAGAUUAUACAAACACUUUCACUAUUUUGUGAGAGAUUUUUUCCUGCUUUAUUUUCACAGCGCGAAUUAUUGAGAAAAAUGGUGAUAUAUGGUUAUAUAGGUUCCACACCAAUCAAACACACCUUUACCACCUGUCAUUUUUGCAGGCUUUACAUUUGGAGAAAUGAUUACGGUCCUGAAUUUCUUUAAUAAUUAUCUUUUAAAUAAAAAAAGUUCUAAAAACA